CAUGGUGUUAUUCAUGGAGCAACGGGGGAGAAGCGGCUGAGGUCUUCUUCCUCGGUUAUUACACUAAAAUUUGGGAAACAUUUUGUUGUGAAGGAGAGGAAAAUCAUCACUCCUUGUCACCAAUUUAUCGUGCGUUGCAGUGACUUCUACUCAACUUCUUCGUCACCAAACUUGGGAGAUAAAAACUACACAAAUUAAGAUGACUAAAACCAGUUCAGCUAAGAAGGCUAAACCAGCACACCAAGAUCAUGUUGAACAGGAGAAGUCCACUUCCAAACCCAAGAAAAUGGGGAGUGAGAUUGAUGACAUAUUUGCUGGAAAGAAGAGGAAGAAACCUGAAAAGGAAAGGGCAGAGGCUAAGAAACCAGCGAAAGAAUCAGAUGCCAAAGCAGAGCAACAUAAAGAGAUGAAGAUAAAGAAGAAGAGAGAGAAUAGAAUCCCUGAAGGAAAUUUGUUUGCGGAGACUCCUCCUCGGCCUUGGAAGAAAACUGGAGAUGGGCUAACUGUUUACACAGAAGAGGAGUUGGGCAUUGGAAAGCCAGACGAUGGAGGUACCCGUCUAUGCCCAUUCGACUGUAACUGUUGUUUUUAAUGAAAUUAGGUUCUAUUGUAGAUGGGUGCAUUCAAAUGCUUUCCUUAUUUAUCAGAUUUUUUCAAGUACUUAAUGAACAGAUAUUUUUUGUAAUCCUAAGUCCAUUCAUUUUCGCUUUCCAAUC